AUGUCACAUACAAAUCGACAUGUUCAAUUAGAUGAAGUUUGGACAAAAUUAUUAGAUGGUAUUAAUCAUGUUUAUCAAUUUCAAGCAAUGAAAAAAUCAGCUUAUUUUUUACUUUAUACUCAUGUCUAUAAUUAUUGUAUAAGUAAUCCAAAUCAAUCACGAACAUCUGCAUCUAAUACGAGAGGACAAAUAGGAGGUUUAUCAAGAUCAAAUGGACAAGAUGGAGCAAAUAUUGUUGGAGGAGAAUUAUAUAAUAAAUUAAAAUAUUAUUUAAAAGAUUAUCUAAAAGAUAUUUGUCAAAGUGGAACUGAUUUACAAGGCGAAGAUGUACUUCGAUUUUAUACAAAUCGUUGGGAAAAAUAUCAAUUUUCAAGUAAAGUAAUGAAUGAUUUUUGUUCAUAUAUUAAUCGACAUUGGGUACAAAGAGAAUAUAAUUCCGGACGAAAAGAUGUCUAUGAUAUAUAUACUAUGGCUAUGGAUACAUGGCAAAAAGUUGUUUUUCAACCAUUGCAUAAACAAGUUACACAUGCUUGUCUUGAUUUAAUUAAAUCAGAACGUAAUAAUGAAAUUAUAAAUACUCGUUUAAUUAGUGGCGUUAUUCAAAGUUAUGUUGCACUUGGUUUUACUGAAGAUGGAACAAAUAAUAAUCAAAUGACAGCACCAACAUUGACAAUAUAUAAAGAUUUUUUUGAAGUACAAUUUAUAUUGGAUACAGAACAAUUCUAUCGAUUAGAAGCAGCUACAUUUCUUGUGCAUAAUUCUGUUACAGAAUAUCUUAAAAAAGUUGCACAACGUCUUGAUGAAGAAGUACAUCGUGUACAAUCAUAUUUACAUCCAUCAACAUUAUCAUUUUUGAUUAAAAAAGUUGAAGAAGUUCUUAUACGUGAUCAACUUGAUGUUAUUUAUACAGAAGCUAAAAUACUUCUUCGGGAUGAAAGAUAUCAAGAUUUAGCACUUCUCUUCAGAUUAGUUAAUCGAAUAACAAAUGCAACUAAUGAAUUGAAAAAAAUUGUUGAAAAUCAUGUCUAUGAAAUGGGUAUACAUACUAUUGAACGUGUUAGUGGAACAGCAAUUAAUGAUCCGAAAGUUUAUAUCGAAACAGUUAUUGAUAUUCACAAGAAAUUCUUAAAACUUGUACAAGAAUCUUUUAAUGGUGAGCAAGGUUUUACUGCUGCUCUUGAUAAAGCUUGUGGUAAAUUUAUCAAUAAUAAUGUCGUAACACAAACAGCUGGUAGUACAACUAAAUCACCUGAAUUAUUAGCUCGAUAUUGUGAUGCAUUACUUCGAAAAUGUAAAGCUGUUGAAGAAACUGAUCUUGAAGAAAAAUUCAAUCAAAUUAUGAUUGUUUUUAAUUAUAUUGAAGACAAAGAUGUUUUUCAAAAAUUCUAUGGUAAAAUGUUAGCAAAACGUUUAGUAGGUCAAUUAAGUGCUUCCGAUGAUUAUGAAGAAUCAAUGAUAUCAAAAUUAAAAGUAAAUAUUUUUAUCUCGAUAUAA